GAUCUGCUCAGUUCUACCUUUUCCGGCCUCCACCUUAAUUUAUUGAUUUCGAUUUAGGUCGGUCUCUUAUUUAAGUGGUGAACUGAAAUACUUUUAGCUGCAGCUGGAUUUCUGAAAACCAAAUUCAAAGCCGUGACGAGUAGCCGAAAUGGCUGACUCGACUGAGGGAGAGGUACCGAGUACCACUCAGGCACCUCCUGUUGCUGUGCAAGCACUGGAAGUACCUGUCUUUCUCAAUUACUUAAGAAGAGUUAUUCCUGUACUUCUUGAUGAUGAUGAUCCAGAUCUGAAAGCUUUACAGAUAGCUGUCUCGGACAAACAAAAUUUAGAGGCCAUUCAAAAAUUCGUGAGCGAUCCACAAACACCAUCAUUAAUUGUCCAGAGACCAUCAGUCAAAGAUGAAUCAGAGGAAUCAGGUGAUGGAGAAGGAGAUACUCCAUAUAGCAUUUCAAAUGAUGUUCAUUUUGGAAGUUCAAAGAUGGCUAGUGUUGUCUUCAUCAAAAGAGGACCCCAAUUAGACGGAGACAAAGGCAUUGCAUCCCAAUUGCGUGUUAUGAACUACAGUGAAGGAUCCCCAUAUGAGACACUUCAUGCUUAUAUCAGCAAUUCUGUUGGUCCAUAUUUCAAAUCUUACAUCAAAGAAACUGGCAAAGCAGAAAGAGAUGGUGACAAAAUGGCUCCUACAGUGGAAAAGAAAAUUGCAGAACUAGAAAUGGGUCUUCUUCAUCUACAGCAGAACAUAGAUAUUCCAGAAAUUACCCUGCCAGUCAAUCCCUUGGUGCUCAGUGUCAUUAAAAAAUGUGCUGAAGAAAAUAGGAAGCCUAAAGUUGAAGAGUUUGGAGAUAAAGUAGACGAUGCCCAGUUCCUGAAUGUUUUGCAAAGUGGUGUUAACAGGUGGAUUAGGGAGAUUCAAAAAGUGACAAAGCUAGACAGAGACCCAUCUUCUGGUACAGCCCUUCAAGAGAUUAGCUUCUGGUUAAACCUUGAACGGGCUCUGCUACGCAUUCAAGAAAAAAGAGAAAGCAUUGAAAUUGUCCUUACCCUGGAUAUAUUGAAACAUGGCAAACGUUUUCACGCCACAGUUAGUUUUGACUCUGAUACAGGGCUGAAGCAAGCAAUGGCUACAGUCAAUGACUACAACCAGCUUAUGAAGGACUUUCCUAUCAAUGACCUUCUCUCUGCUACUGAACUAGACAGGAUCAAAGUAGCAGUUCAAGGCAUUUUCCUUCACCUGCGCAAGAUACGCUCCACCAAAUAUCCCAUCCAGCGAGGCUUGAGACUAGUGGAGGCCAUAUCCAGAGAUCUUAGCACACAGAUGUUGAAAAUACUAGGGACUCGUCGCCUGAUGCACAUCCCAUUUGAUGAUUUUGAGAAAGUGAUGUCUGCUUGUUUUGAUGUCUUUUCAACCUGGGAUGAUGAGUUUGACAAACUGCAAGGAAUGUUGAGAGACCUUCUGAAGAAAAAAAGAGAAGAGCACUUGCGUAUGGCUUGGAGAGUUAAUCCAGCCCACAAGAGACUUCAAGCUAGAAUUGACCACAUGAGAAAAUUCCGCAGACAGCAUGAACAGUUGCGCCAGGUCAUUAUUCGUGUUCUGCGCCCAGUGACUGUCAAGAGAGGCUCUUCUCCAGGUAAUGAAGAGAAUGAAUCCAAAGACAAGCCUGUUACAGAUGAAGCUGCUGAUGCUAAUGCCAUUGAGGAAGUUAACUUGGCAUAUGAAAAUGUGAAAGAAAUAGAUGUUCUAGAUGUUUCCAAAGAAGGAGCUGACUCCUGGGAAGCUGCAGUUAAAAGGUAUGAAGAGAGAAUAGACCGAGUUGAAACAAGGAUCACAGCUAGGCUCAGGGACCAGUUGGGAACAGCCAGAAAUGCCAAUGAGAUGUUUCGCAUCUUCUCACGCUUCAAUGCACUUUUUGUCCGACCACACAUUCGUGGUGCCAUCAGAGAGUACCAGACGCAGCUCAUACAGAGGGUGAAGGAUGACAUUGAAUCACUUCAUGAGAAAUUCAAGGUCCAGUACGCACACAAUCAAGCCUGCCAUAUGAGUAGGGUCAGAGAUUUCCCUCCAGUUUCAGGCUCCAUUAUUUGGGCUAGGCAGAUUGAACGUCAACUCAAUGCCUACAUGCGUCGUGUGGAGGAUGUCUUGGGAAAAGGCUGGGAGAACCAUGUGGAUGGCCAGAAGCUGAAGGCAGAUGGAGACAGUUUCAAAUUGAAGCUUAACACACAAGAACUCUUUGAUGACUGGACACGCAAGGUUCAGAACAAACAACUGACAGUUGUGGGUAAAAUCUACACCAUCACCAGUAUCAGAGUGCCAAACAAAGGGAACAUUCUGAAGCUUGGUGUCAACUUCCAGAGAGAGAUCAUUCAGCUUUCCAAAGAGGUUCGCAAUCUGAGAUGGCUGGGAUUCAGAGUUCCUCUUGCUAAUGUCAAUAAAGCUCACCAAGCUAACCAGUUAUAUCCAUUUGCUAUUUCUCUGAUGGAGAGUGUACAGUCUUAUGACAAAACUCUGAAAAAGAUUGAAGGAAAAGAAUCUCUAAAACUGCUUGUUGCUGGCCUGAGAAAAGAGCUUCAGAACUUGAUAGCAGACGGCUGCACACUUCAGUGGGAGUCUUACAAAUUAGAUCCUUAUGUUCAGAAACUUGCUGACAGUAUCAUUAACUUCCAGGAGAAAGUGGAUGAGUUAUUGGCCAUGGAGGAAGAGAUUGAUGUGGAAGUGCAUGCCUUAGAAACAUGUGGCUACAAUGCUGCAACAUUCAGAGAAAUUCUAACGAGGAUUCAGAAAGUUGUGGACAAUCUUAGUCUCCGAUCCUACUCCAACUUGGCAUUGUGGGUAGCGCAUUUAGAUGAAGAGGUGGAGAAAAAACUGGCAGGUCGUUUAGAAGCUGGCCUGAAAGCCUGGACACAUGCUCUGCUGGGGAAGAGGGAAAACAAUAUUGACCAUUCAAUGGACACUGAUGAUGAGCCCAAACAGCCAUCACACAAACCUGGAGGUGAACCAAAGAUCAAGAGUCUUGUCCAUGAGCUGAGGAUCACAAAUCAACUGAUGUAUGUCAGUCCUCCAAUAGAAGAUGCCCAGUUUAACAUCUUACAAGAACUUUUUGCUUGGGAGGCUGUUGUCACAAGUUUGCCUAGAAUACAGCACUCCAGGUAUCAGGUUGGCCUGCAGGCAGAGUCUGAAGCUGACAGCAGCUAUCGCAAUGUGUUGACCAAGUUGCCAGAAGGACCAAUUGUGCUUGAAGAUGCUUAUUCUGCCAUUCAAAAAACUGUUGAAGAAUUCAGAAAAUAUGUCAAUGUUUGGCUUCGUUAUCAAUCUCUUUGGGAUUUGAACCCUGAUGUUCUGUAUUCUAGGCUUGGCAACAAUUUGGUGCGCUGGAUGAAAGCACUAGAAGACAUAAAAGCUUCCCGCAAAACCUUUGAUACUUCAGAAACUCAGAAAGAGAUAGGUCCACUUAUUGUCCAGUUUGGAAAGGUACAAUCUAAAGUUUCCCUGAAGUAUGAUUCAUGGCACAAAGAAGUCUUGAGCAAAUUUGGAUCUUUACUGGGCAAUGAGAUGACUGAGUUCCACGCUCAAGUGUCUAAAUCAAGAACUGAUCUGGAAUCUCAAUCUAUUGACACUGCCAACACUUCUGAAGCUGUUGGUCUGAUUACGCAUGUGCAAGCUCUUAAACGUAAAGUCAAAUCCUGGGAGAAGCAAGUGGAGACUUACAAAGAAGGCCAGCGCAUACUGGAGCGUCAAAGAUUUCAGUUCCCAACUUCCUGGUUAUAUAUUGACAACAUUGAAGGAGAAUGGGGUGCCUUCUCAGACAUUAUGAAGAGAAAAGAUUCUUCCAUUCAAACCAGAGUGGCUAGCUUGCAGAUGAAAAUUGCUUCAGAGGAUGCACUGAUUGAAAACAAAACUGGAGGUCUACUUCAGGAAUGGGAGAAAGAAAAACCUGUUACUGGUGAGAUGAGACCUGAUCAAGCCCUAAAAGCUCUGACAAUAUUUGAAGGCAAAUUUGCAAGACUGAAAGAAGAAAGAGAAAAUGUGGCUAAGGCUAAAGAAGCCCUGGAACUUGCUGAACCUGGUCAUGUGAGUCCAAGCCAUGAACGCAUGCAGGUUGGCCUUGAAGAGCUCCAAGAUCUGAAAGGAGUUUGGCAGGAACUGGCCAAGAUUUGGGAACAAAUUGAUGAACUCAAAGAAAAACCAUGGCUUUCUGUUGCACCCAGAAAACUUCGUCAGUCUAUUGAUGGAUUAUUGAAUGUUUUGAAAGAUCUCCCAGCUAGACUAAGAGCUUACUCUUCUUUUGAGUAUGUCAAGAGGCAACUACAACAGUAUGCUAAGGUGAAUGUCCUGAUAGUGGAGCUGAAAUCUGAAGCCCUGAAAGAACGUCACUGGAAACAGCUGAUGAAGAGGUUGAAUGUGAACUGGGUUCUCUCAGAACUCACACUGGGACACAUUUGGGACAUUGACUUUGGGAGACAUGAAGUGGUCAUCAGGGAUGUCAUCAGUGUGGCUCAGGGAGAAAUGGCCUUAGAAGAGUUCUUGAAACAGGUGAGUGAAGUGUGGCGCAGCUAUGAGCUGGACAUGAUCAACUACCAAAACAAAUGUCGUCUGAUCAGAGGUUGGGAUGACCUGUUCACCAAGGUGAAGGAACACAUCAACAGUGUCACCGCCAUGAAACUCUCACCCUACUACAAGCAAUUUGAAGAAGAUGCUCUGGCCUGGGAAGACAAACUGAACCGUAUCAAUGCUCUUUUUGAUGUCUGGAUUGAUGUUCAGAGAAGAUGGGUGUACCUGGAGGGCAUUUUUACUGGCAGUGCUGACAUCAAGCAUCUACUUCAGGUGGAAACAUCACGUUUCCAGGGUGUGAGCACAGAGUUUUUGGGUCUGAUGAAGAAAGUGGCCAAGUCUCCUCUUGUCAUGGAUGUACUCAACAUUCCCAAUGUGCAGAGACAACUGGAAAGAUUGGCUGAUCUACUCAGCAAAAUACAAAAAGCACUGGGAGAAUAUCUGGAGAGAGAAAGAGCUUCUUUCCCAAGAUUCUACUUUGUUGGUGAUGAAGAUCUACUUGAAAUUAUUGGCAACAGCAAGAACAUCCCACGUCUUCAGAAACACUUCAAAAAAAUGUUUGCUGGGGUGGCCUCUAUCAUACUGAAUGAUGAUGAGUCUCAUGUUGUUGGUCUGACUUCCAAAGAAGGAGAAGAGGUUAUAUUUGCUACCCCAGUUUCCAUAGCAGCUCACCCCAAGAUCAAUGAAUGGCUGACAUUGGUGGAGAAGGAGAUGAGAGUUACGUUGGCCAAACUUCUUGCCUCUGCUGUCCAAGACAUGGCUGCCUUUAAAGGAGGAAAAGUGGAACCCUCCAAAUACUUGGAUUGGGUGGACAAAUAUCAGGCCCAGCUAGUGGUGUUAGCUGCUCAGAUUUCCUGGUCUGAGAGUGUAGAGCAAGCCUUACAAACAGCUGCUAGUAAAGGAGGAGACAUUGCUGCCGUUGUUGAAGUGUUGGGCACUGUAGAGUCCACAUUGAAUGUCUUGGCAGACUCUGUUCUCUAUGAGCAGCCUCCAGUCAGACGCAAGAAACUGGAAAGCCUGAUCACUGAACUUGUCCACCAACGUGAUGUGACCAGAACCAUGAUCAAAAACAAAGUCAACAAUCCCAAGUCCUUUGAUUGGCUGGCACAGAUGAGGUUCUAUUUUGACCCCAAAAAUACUGAUGUACUUCAACAACUCUCUAUACAGAUGGCCAAUGCCAAGUUCAAUUAUGGCUUUGAAUAUCUGGGCGUUCAAGACAAACUUGUCCAGACUCCACUGACUGACCGUUGCUACCUGACAAUGACACAAGCUCUGGAGGCCAGACUUGGUGGAUCUCCAUUUGGUCCUGCUGGUACAGGCAAAACAGAAUCAGUGAAAGCUCUUGGUAACCAGCUUGGAAGAUUUGUUCUUGUUUUCAACUGUGAUGAAACUUUUGAUUUCCAGGCUAUGGGUCGUAUUUUUGUUGGUUUGUGCCAAGUGGGUGCCUGGGGCUGCUUUGAUGAGUUCAACAGAUUGGAGGAGCGUAUGUUGUCUGCUGUUUCUCAGCAGAUUCAAACUAUUCAGGAAGCUUUGAAGGAGUUGGCAAGUCCAGAUAAGAAGGAAAAAACAAGUGGACCCAUUCAAGUAGAGCUGAUUGGCAAGCAAGUUAGAGUCAACCCAGACAUGGCAGUUUUCAUCACCAUGAAUCCUGGUUACGCUGGGCGUUCCAACUUGCCAGAUAAUCUCAAGAAACUGUUCCGUUCCCUCGCAAUGACCACGCCUGACAGGCAGCUGAUUGCUCAGGUUAUGUUGUACUCACAGGGCUUCAGACAAGCAGAAAAACUGGCCAGCAAAAUUGUUCCAUUUUUCAAAUUGUGUGAUGAGCAGCUGUCUCCACAGUCUCAUUAUGACUUUGGUCUCCGAGCUCUGAAAUCUGUGCUGGUUAGUGCUGGUAAUGUCAAAAGAGACAGAAUUCAGUAUGUCAAGCAAGGCAUGAUAGAAAGAGGAGAAACUGUAGAUGAGACGGCAAUAGCAGAGAAUGUCUCCGAGCAAGAGAUCUUGAUACAAAGUGUCAUGGAAACCAUGGUCCCCAAGCUUGUAGCAGAAGACAUCCCACUGCUGCACAGUCUACUGAGUGAUGUGUUCCCUGGUGUGGAGUACACUGCGGCUGAGAUGAAAGCUUUGAGGAACCAGAUUAGGAAAGUUUGUGAAGAGAUGUACUUGAUCUAUGGAGAGGGAGAUGAGAUGGGCUCCAUGUGGGUGGAAAAGGUUCUUCAACUUCAUCAAAUCACACUUCUCCACCAUGGUCUCAUGAUGGUUGGACCAAGUGGAAGUGGCAAGUCUAUGGCAUGGCAAGUCUUGCUGAAGGCCUUGGAAAGACUGGAAGGAACAGAGGGAGUUGCUCAUGUCAUUGAUCCUAAGUCCAUCUCUAAAGAAGCACUGUAUGGUAAUAUGGAUCCUAAUACAAGAGAAUGGACAGAUGGUCUUUUUACACAUGUCUUAAGAAAGAUCAUUGACAAUGUUAGAGGUGAGCUUGGUAAACGUCAGUGGAUCAUAUUUGAUGGUGAUGUUGACCCUGAGUGGGUUGAGAACCUCAACUCUGUACUGGAUGACAACAAACUGUUAACUCUGCCCAAUGGUGAACGCCUUGGAAUACCACCAAAUGUUCGCAUCAUGUUUGAAGUGCAAGACUUGAAAUAUGCCACCCUGGCUACAGUCAGUCGUUGUGGUAUGGUCUGGUUCAGUGAAGAUGUCCUGUCCACAGAGAUGGUGUUUGAGAACUACUUGAGGCAGCUGAGGAAUGUUCCCCUUGAAGAGAGCGAGGAGGACAUGCGUCACAACAGAGGGACCUCGGCUGAGUCUAAGGAAGAAGAAGUCUCUCCAACAGUUCAGAUUCAAAGAGAUGUUGUCAACAUCCUGAUGCCCCACUUUUCUCUCGGUGGACUGGUCAAUCGCUGCUUGGAGCAUGCCGAGUCUCUGGAUCACAUCAUGGACUUUACAAGACUGCGAGCUUUGACCUCACUGUUUUCUAUGCUGAACCAGGGCAUCAGAAACAUUCUCACCUACAACCACACACAUGACUUUGCUAUGCAGCAAGACCAGAUGGAGCGCUACAUGACCAAAUACCUUGUGUACAGUCUGUUGUGGUCCAUGUCAGGUGACAGCCGCAUCAAAGUAAGGCAAGAACUGGGUGACUUUAUCAGAAGUAUCACUACCAUACCAAUGCCACCACAAGCCAAUGUGGCCAUCAUUGACUUUGAAGUGUCCACCUCAGGAGAAUGGGUAGCUUGGCAAUCCAAAGUCCCUCAAGUGGAAGUAGAAACCCACAAAGUGGCCGCCCCAGAUGUGGUCAUCCCAACCAUUGAUACUGUCCGCCAUGAGAGCCUGCUGUACACCUGGCUGGCAGAGCACAAACCUCUGGUCCUGUGUGGCCCACCUGGCUCUGGCAAGACGAUGACUUUAUUCAGUGCUCUGAGAGCACUGCCUGACAUGGAGGUGGUAGGCUUGAACUUUUCCAGUGCAACCACCCCUGAGCUUCUCCUGAAAACAUUUGAUCACUAUUGUGAGUUCCGCAGGACACCCAACGGGCUUGUCCUCUCUCCAAUACAGCUCAACAAGUGGCUGGUUUUGUUCUGUGAUGAGAUCAAUCUGCCAGACAUGGAUAAAUAUGGCACCCAGCGUGUCAUCUCAUUCUUGCGCCAGAUGGUCCAGCAUGGUGGAUUUUACCGCACUUCAGAUCAAGCCUGGGUUAAAUUUGAGAGGAUCCAGUUUGUGGGAGCUUGUAACCCCCCCACUGAUCCAGGCAGGAAACCUUUGUCCUACAGAUUCUUGCGUCAUGUCCCAGUGGUGUAUGUGGACUACCCCGGUGAGCUGUCUCUGAAACAGAUCUAUGGCACAUUCAACAGAGCUAUGUUACGUCUGGUACCCAGCCUGAAGCCAUAUGCGGACCCUCUGACCAAUGCUAUGGUGGAGUUCUACAUCAUGUCUCAAGAGCGUUUCACUCAGGAUAUGCAGCCUCAUUAUAUUUACAGCCCUCGUGAAAUGACUCGUUGGGUAAGAGGCAUCUGUGAAGCUUUGAGGCCACUUGAAAGUCUCAGUCUAGAAGGUCUUGUUCGCAUUUGGGCUCAUGAAGCAUUGAGACUCUUCCAAGACAGAUUGAUUGAAGAUGAUGAGAGGCAAUGGACUGAUGAAAAUGUGGAUACCAUUGCAUUGAAACAUUUCCCCAACAUCAACAGACAGGAAGCUCUAGCCAGACCAAUUCUGUACAGUAAAUGGCUGUCUAAAGACUACAUGCCAGUUGACAGAGAGGAGCUCAGAGAACAUACUAAAGCAAGACUUAAAGUUUUCUAUGAAGAAGAACUGGAUGUUCCGCUGGUCCUAUUCGAUGAAGUCCUGGACCAUGUCCUCAGAAUCGACAGAAUUUUCAGACAGCCCCAAGGCCACCUGUUGCUGAUUGGUGUGAGUGGUUCUGGGAAGACAACAUUGUCUCGGUUUGUAGCCUGGAUGAAUGCUCUAAGUGUGGUGCAGAUCAAAGUACACAACAAGUACUCAGCUAAUGACUUUGAUGAAGACUUGCGUUCUGUCUUGAGGAGAGCUGGCUGUAAGAGUGAGAAGAUUUGCUUCAUCAUGGAUGAGUCUAAUGUGCUGGACUCAAGUUUCCUUGAAAGAAUGAACACACUGCUUGCCAACGGUGAGGUCCCAGGUCUGUUUGAAGGAGAUGAGUACACCACCUUGAUGACCCAGUGUAAAGAAGGGGCUAUCAGAGAAGGUCUGAUGUUAGACUCUGCCGAGGAGCUGUACAAGUGGUUUACCUCUCAGGUCAUCAGAAAUCUUCAUGUUGUAUUCACAAUGAACCCAUCAUCAGAGGGACUUAAAGACAGAGCUGCCACAUCCCCUGCACUUUUCAACAGAUGUGUUCUCAAUUGGUUUGGAGACUGGUCCAAUGGUGCUUUGUUCCAAGUUGGUAAAGAGUUUACCUCCAAGAUGGACUUAGAGAAAGGAGCUUACUCUGCUCCAGAUAUGUUUCCAUCUGCUUAUGAGAAAUUAAAUCCCAGUCCAUCUCAUAGAGAGGCAGUUAUUGACAGCUUUGUGUAUGUCCAUCAAUCACUGCACCAAGCUAACAGUAAAGUAGCCAGAAGAAGUGGGCGUGUCAUGGCCAUCACACCAAGACAUUAUUUGGACUUUAUCAACCAUUUUGCCAAGCUGUACAAUGAGAAGCGCUCUGACCUUGAAGAGCAGCAGCUUCACUUGAAUGUUGGUCUCCAGAAGAUCCAUGAGACUGUGGAACAAGUUGAAGAGCUCCAGAAAUCUUUGUCCAUCAAAAGAAUUGAACUGGAAGAAAAGAACAAUGCUGCCAAUGCCAAACUGAAACAGAUGGUGAAAGACCAGCAAGAAGCAGAACGUAAGAAAGUGACAAGUCAAGAGAUCCAGCAAGCAUUGAAAGACCAGACUAAGAUCAUCUCAGAGAAGCAAAGUAGUGUCAGAGCUGAUCUGGAACAAGUAGAACCAGCUGUCAUUGAAGCUCAGAAUGCUGUUAAGGGCAUCAAGAAGAAGGACUUGGUUGAGAUUAGGUCUAUGGGCAAUCCACCUCCUGUGGUCAAACUAGCACUUGAGGCUAUUUGCUUGCUACUGGGGGAGAAUGCUACCGACUGGAAGGUCAUUCGACAGGUCAUCAUCAAGGACAGUUUCAUCACAUCUAUUGUAAACAUGAAGACUGAUGAUAUUUCUGAUGACAUACGUCAGAAAAUGAAGAGCAAAUAUUUGAACAAUCCUGAAUACAAUUAUGAAAAAGUCAAUAGGGCCAGUUUAGCCUGUGGCCCUAUGGUGAAAUGGGCCAUUGCUCAGAUUCAGUAUGCUGACAUGUUGAAGAGAAUUGAGCCGCUAAGAAAUGAGUUGACUGAACUGGAGAACCAAGCGGAAGAGAACAGGCUGAAAGCUGAGGAAGUCAACAAGUUGAUUGCUGAGUUGGAGAAGAGUAUAGCCAAGUACAAGGAGGAGUACGCUGUCCUCAUUAGUCAGGCUCAAGCCAUCAAGGCUGAUUUGGCUUCUGUAGAGGCUAAGGUUGAACGUAGUGUUGCCCUACUGAACAGUUUGGCUAGUGAGAAACAGAGAUGGGAGCUGGGUAGCCAGACAUUUAAGAACCAGAUGGCUACCAUCAUUGGGGACGUGUUGCUCUCCUCUGCCUUCAUGGCUUAUGGAGGUUACUUUGAUCAGCUCAUGAGACACAGUCUGUUCUCUAACUGGUGUGACCAUCUACUCAAAGCCAACAUUCAGUUCAGAUCUGACCUGGCUAAAACAGAGUACCUGUCCAAUGCGGAUGAGAGAUUGAAGUGGCAGGCCAAUGCCCUACCAACGGAUGAACUUUGCACUGAGAAUGCCAUCAUGCUGAAGAGGUUCAACAGAUACCCACUGAUCAUUGACCCGUCAGGUCAAGCCACGGAGUUCAUUAUGAAUGAGUUCAAAGAGAGGAAGAUCACAAAAACUAGCUUUUUGGAUGAUGCUUUCCGUAAAAACCUGGAAAGUGCUCUUCGAUUUGGUAAUCCAUUAUUGGUUCAGGAUGUUGAGAACUAUGACCCAAUAUUAAACCCAGUGCUAAACAGAGAGCUACGCAGAACUGGUGGACGUGUGUUGAUUUCUAUCGGCGACCAGGACAUUGAUUUGUCUCCCUCAUUUACCAUUUUCCUGACUACCAGAGAUCCUAAUGUGGAGUUUGCUCCUGACCUUUGCUCUCGUGUGACCUUUGUUAACUUUACAGUCACAAGAAGUAGUUUACAGAGUCAAUGUUUGAACCAGGUCCUUAAAGCAGAGAGACCUGAUGUAGAUGAGAAGAGAUCAGAUUUAUUGAAACUACAAGGUGAAUUUCAACUGCGACUGAGACAACUGGAGAAAUCUUUGUUACAAUCUUUGAAUGAUGUCAAAGGCAAAAUAUUGGACGAUGACAGCAUUUUGAGUCAUUUGGAGAAAUUGAAAACAGAAGCUGCUGAGGUGGCUAAGAAAGUAGAAGAGACAGAUGUGGUGAUGGCAGAAGUGGAGACAGUGUCUCAGCAGUAUGAGCCUCUGGCCAUGAGUUGUUCUAGCAUUUACUUUACACUGGAAGCACUCCAACAGGUUCACUUCCUGUACCAGUACUCACUGCAGUUUUUCUUGGAGAUCUUCCAUGCCACCACCAGUAACAACCCACACUUAACUAACAUGAAGGAACAUUCAGCAAGACUUUCCAGAAUCACCACUGAUCUCUUCAUGGAAACUUACAGCCGAGUUGGUCGAGGUAUGCUUCACCAAGACAGAAUUACAUUUGCCAUUCAACUGUGUAGAAUUCAUCUGACUGGUCAAGUCAGUGAAAGCACCUAUGAGGCUGAGUUUGAACACUUUAUGCGAAGCCAGGAAGGACUUUUGACUGAAAAGCCUAAAUCGUCUGUGCCAGGUCUAACCAAUCAACAGCAUGCUGCACUGGAACGUCUGAGUAAACUUCCAUCAUUUAGAAAUGUCAUCAGUGAAGUCACUAGCAACCCGUUGUUCCAAUCCUGGCUUGAAAGUUCUAAUCCAGAGCAAGAUGUUCCUCAGAUAUGGGUUGAAGACAAGCCUUUGUCUGCUGUUGGCAAGUCUGUUCAAGGAUUGCUGGUGAUCCAUGCUUUAAGACCCGACAGAUUGACUGCCAUGGCUCGUAUCUUUGUGGAAAAGGUUUUAGGAACAGACUUUGUUCAUGUCACUGCUAAAGAAAUGAACCUGGCAUCAAUAUGUGAAAAUGAGAUCAAGGGAGCAACACCAAUCUUGAUGUGUUCAGUGCCAGGCUAUGAUGCCAGCUCCAGGGUGGAUGACUUGGCUGCUGAACUCAAUAGACAACUCACUUCUAUUGCUAUAGGUUCCGCUGAAGGUUUCACCCAGGCUGAUAAAGUGAUCAACUCCUCCAGCAAGUCUGGUCGUUGGGUCAUGUUGAAAAAUGUUCACCUGGCUCCACAAUGGCUCAUCCAGCUGGAGAAAAAGCUGCACAGCUUACAAGUCCAUCCCAACUUUAGAUUGUUCUUGACCAUGGAGAUCAAUCCUAAACUGCCAACCAACUUGUUAAGAGCUGGAAGAAUCUUUGUGUUUGAGCCACCUCCAGGUGUACCAGCCAACUUAAUGAGAACAUUCAGUACAGUCCCUGCAGCUCGUAUGUGUAAGGAACCCAAUGAGAGAGCUAGACUGUACUUCCUGCUGGCCUGGCUUCAUGCCAUUCUCCAAGAGCGCAUGAGAUACACCCCACUAGGCUGGGCCAAGAAAUAUGAGUUUACAGAAUCUGAUUUGCGUGUGGCUUGUGACAUGCUGGAUGUUUGGAUUGACUCUGUGGCUAUGGGUCGCACCAAUCUACCACCAGAGAAAGUCCCUUGGGAUGCUAUCAGAACCUUACUGUCCCAGUGUAUUUAUGGAGGCAAGAUAGACAAUGACUUUGAUCAGCGUCUGCUAACUACAUUUGUCAACAAACUCUUCACCCCCAAGAGUUUUGAAGGAGAUUUUAUUCUUGUACAUGACAUUGAUGGAGUCAAAGGCAAACACAUUCAGAUGCCAGAUGGAGUCAGGAGGGAACAGUUUGUUCAGUUUGUGGACAAUAUGGAAGGUUCUCAAACCCCAUCCUGGUUGGGCUUACCAAACAAUGCUGAGAAAGUGCUCCUAACUACUUUAGGAAGCAGCAUGAUUGCUAACCUCCUGAGAAUGCAGUUGCUGGAAGAAGUUGAAGUCUCUCCAGAUGAACAUAAAAAAAUGGCUGAUGGCCGUCCAGCCUGGAUGAGAACUUUACACACAUCAGUGACAUCCUGGCUAGAACUUGUUCCCAAGGAAAGUGCAGCAGAGGCUUUGGGUGGAAUGAAGAGAACUGUAGAAAAUAUCAAAGACCCUCUGUUCCGUUUCUUUGAGCGUGAAGUGAAUGCUGGGGCCAAACUUCUGAUUGACGUCCGCAGAGACCUUCAGGACAUGAUCAAAGUUUGUGAUGGAGAAAAGAAACCAACUAAUCAUCACCGCUCCAUGAUGGCUGACUUGGUCAAAGGCAUCAUCCCAUCCUCUUGGAGGCGUUACAAUGUCCCUGCUGGUCUUACAGUCAUUCAGUGGAUCACAGACUUCAGUUUGCGUAUCAGACAACUUCAGACCAUUGUGCAAGCCACUUUAGCUGGAGCUAGAGAAUUAAAGAAUCUCCAAGUUUGGCUUGGUGGACUUUUCAUCCCUGAGGCUUACAUUACAGCCACACGCCAAUUUGUAGCCCAGGCCAAUCACUGGUCACUGGAAGAACUGUACCUAGAUGUUCAGGUCCAAUCAGCUAAAUCAGCAACACUUGAUGACUGCAGUUUCUCAGUUACAGGUUUGAAGUUACAAGGUGCCAUUUGUAUGGACAAUAAACUUCAACUCUCUACAACCAUUUCAACAGAACUGCCACUCACCAUCUUACGUUGGAUCAGAUUGGAGAAAGACUCUGACCCAUCCAAAGGUAAGGUCACUCUGCCAGUCUAUUUGAAUGCCACAAGGAGCCAGUUGCUGUUCACUCUGGACUUUGUUGCUGCUGACCAGCCCACUGGAGGUGACCACAGUUUCUAUGAGAGGGGUGUGGCCCUCAUCUCAUCAGACCUCAGCUAACUUGGCACCUGAUUUUUUCAUAACUUAUAAAUAAUUUUUAUUUUAACUCAUAACUUAUAAAUAGUUUUUAUUUUAACUAACAAUGUUUUUCUGUUUAAAAUAGAGAUUCUUCUCUUCUGUGGUAUGAUCUUGUUAAACAUAAGCAAAAAAAAAAAAUGGUUUCUUAAAACUUCCUACUAAUGUAUUUAUUGUGUUUCAAUAUUUUGUUUCACUUCUUUGAUAUGUUGAGAUGAUACAAAUAUUUAGUACACUUUUUAAUUUAUAUUUUAUGUUCAAAGUAUACAUCAAGAUAAAUCCUUUGUUAUAAUGACUGCAUAUAUAACUGAGGAAAUGGAUCAUUGGAAAUAUUGAAUAGUUUCAGAAUUUAUUUUUUAUUUAAUGAAAAACUAAAUGUAUUUUGUCAAUAUUUGAUUUUAUUUUAUUUGAUACACAAAAACAUAUGAAAAACUUGUCAUUGUGAUUAUAAUUCUUUUUUUUUUUAUGUUUCAUUUUUUCAAGUCUUCUAGCUUGUAUUUUCUCUUAAGAUGUUCAUUCAGUAAAAAAAAAUUUGAGUUCACUUUA